AAAAAUAUUAUCCCUAAAUCUAGUUACCAUGCACUGCCAUGAUAAAUUACUAUGUAUCAGUUGAAUGUACAUGAGGAGCUUUCGAAGAUUUAGUGAUGAUUUCGAGUGCUUUUCUUGAAAAGAGAUGAUGGGAGCGAUGUGUCAUCGAAGAAGAUGAGCGAAAGGAAAUUCACACGCGGCCUGGGAAAGCCGGGUAUGGCCGCACAAUUACGAGAAACAGUUUCUCAGGUUGUACGCGAAAGUACCGUACAGAGUAAACCACAUUUAGUUGACCCUAUAGAUUUUGAGAGCUUUGUGUUAAAGAAUAAAACGUUAUUACAGAAUGAUCCGCAAAGAGAAUUAUUGCUUUAUCCGCCUGACGAUGUUUCUCAAGUCGUCUUACCGAGACGUUAUCGCACUAUUGUGCCAACAGCGCAAUAUAUUUCGGAUAACGACGAGGAAGGUGGAAGUCUCCUGACCAAAGAAUGUUUACGAAGUUACACCUCCAAUUGGAAUUUGGUACAUUACAAAUAUUCUGCAUACAACGGGAGUUAUCUCGAUUUACCCAAAAUAACGAAAGCAGAUGAUCUCAAAGAUGAAGUAUAUGAAAUUGAUACGGAGGUGGAUCAAGUCGAUGAGGAUUUAAUCAAAAAUAAUGGGAUUACAAGGGAAGGAUACUUAAUGAAAGGACCUGAAAUUGGAAGUUCCGAUCGAAUGUUUGCUCAUAUAGGCUCAAAAUCUUUUAAAAGACGUUUUUGUCAUUUAAGACAGGAAGUCGAUGGGACAUACAUUUUAGAAUUUUUCAAAGAUGAGAAAAAGGGCGAAGCUAAAUUAGCAAUAGUAAUGGACUUUUGUACAGAAGUUGUUAAAAAUCCAAAACGUGGAAGAUACUGUUUUGAGUUAAGAAUGACAGGAACUCACAAGUCUUAUACAUUAGCGGCCGAUAAUGAAACAGAUAUGCAAGAUUGGUUAUCAAAAUUGAAUUCUGUAUUACAACAUUAUAAACAACAGGAAGAGAAACGUGCUGCAUCUUUAGAAAGAACAUGUAAUACUCCUCCUCCUUCUCCUCAACCAAUGCAGGUAUAUGGAACAUUGAAAGGUUUGGAACAGAGUAUGAAUCCACAAUUAAUUAAAUACUCCAGGGAAACUGAUACAAGCAUAGCAUUAGCUAGACGGGAAAAUAGAAAACCUUUGUUUAGUCUAUAUUCCCACAUGUUACGCGUAAAAGCAUCUACAGGAAAUUCUACCGAACACAAUAUUGAUCCAUAUAAGGAACAAUUUGGACAUAGAAUUUUUAUUAAAUGCGAAAGUCUUAAGUUUAGAUUACAAGCUCCGAUUGAUGAAAAAGAAACUCUUUGCCAAGUGGAACCGUACCAAACAACAUUAUGUCUUUUUGAUGCAAAACACGGCAGGAAACUCACUGAAAAUUUUUAUUUCGAUAUUAAUCACGAAAUUGUACAAGGAAUGAUAAAGGAAUUAAGUCCUACUAGCAUUAUGACAGAAUCUAAUGAAAAUAUAAGUUUGCCAGAAGAAUUGAAAACUGUACCAUUGGAUUGGAUAAAACAUCCAAAGCAGGCUAUAUUUCAUGUUAGUAAUCCUCAUCCCGAUAUAUUUCUUGUGGUAAGAAUAGAUAAGAUAUUGCAAGGAAAUAUAUGUCAAACUUCUGAACCAUAUAUAAGAACAACUAAAGAUCCAAGAUUAGGAUUAAAAGUACAUAAACAAGUUAGAGCAUGUUGCCAAAGAUUAGGAAAUUAUAGAAUGCCAUUCGCUUGGGCAGCCAGACCUUUAUUUAGACUAUAUAGCAACGAGUUGGAUACUUCUCCAGACUUUCCAGCAAUAUAUAGGCAGGAAGGGAAUAAAAUCAGAGAUGAAGAGUUAUUAAAACUGCUUUCAGAGUAUAGGAAACCCGAAAAACUUAGCAAACUAACUGUUAUACCUGGAUGGUUGAAAAUAAAAAUUGAAUCCAUCAUUGAGAUACCAGAAAAUACAUUGUCGACAUCCUUGGCUCCCUUGAAACCAUUUCCCAUUCCACCUGUAAACGAUCCAACUCUUGAAAUUGCAGAAUUUGAAAGUACGUCUGAAAAGGAUGUUCAUCCUUAUACCACAUACGUCAAUCAUCUUUAUGUUUAUCCACAAACUUUAUCUUUUGAUACUCAGAAGAUAUUCACAAGAGCUAGAAAUAUUGCGUGUAUCAUUGAAUUACGAGAUGAUGAUGGAGAAAAUGUGGAACCUUUAAGAUGUAUCUAUGGCCGUCCAGGUACACCAUUGUUGUGCGUACGAGCGUCUUGUGCAGUGUUACAUCAUAACGCUAUUCCAUCUUGGUACGAAGAAAUUAAAAUAAGAUUACCAACAAAACUUCAUUCAAAACAUCACUUGCUUUUUUCAUUUUAUCAUAUAAGCUGUGAUAUGAAUAAGAAAAAGGAAAAUGGGAUUGAAAAUUGCGUUGGUUAUGCUUGGGCUCCGUUGUUAUAUAAAGGGAGACUCAAUGUAGAUAUGGAUGUAAAUGUUCAAGUUCUACCUGUUGCAACGCAUUUACCACAAGGAUAUCUUUCCAUUCAACCCCUUGGUCUGGGAAAAGGGGUAAGAAAUGCUGGUCCAGACAUUACAUGGAUUGAUUCACAAAGACCAAUAUUUACAGUAGCUUUUCAAUUAAUAUCAACAGUAUUUACUCGCGAUCCUCAUUUGUACAAUCUCUUUGCUCAUGCCGAACGAAUUCUGGAUACAAGGCCAUCUGUAAUGCCGUCGGAUACAGAAACGUGCAAAAUAUUGAAAGCAGCGCAUGCAAUACAGUUGGUGACAGCGAUUACUUUUCUUCCUACUAUAUUAAAUCAAUUGUUCACAUUAUUGACAUAUAAUAUCGGCGAAGAAGUAGGAUUGUAUAUUAUUAGAGUACUAAUACACAUUAUAAAUAUGAUACAUGAAGCUGGUCGAAAAGAAAUACUUCAGGCUUACAUCAAGUUUGUCUUUCUAUCGCCAACACAAGCAACCUGCAAUAUGACCGUUCAUGAACAAUUAGGAAAAUAUCUACCAAUACUAUUACAACCAAACAAUACGGAUUUCUUGGUAAUUAACAAAUUCAUGCGUCAUUCUAAUUUCUUCUUUGAGAUAAUGAUUAAAAGUAUGGCACAAUAUCUACUUACUACUGGUAGAAUAAAAAUGCAUAGAAAUGAAAGAUUUUCGAAAGAGUAUCAUGAACGCAUUAAGUAUCUAUUAGACGUAAUUAUGCCAUAUAUAAUAAAUAAAUACAAAGAAAUGCCGGUUGAAACUCAUGAAUUAAAUAAAAGCCUUGCUCAAUUGUUAAAGCAUUGCCUCACAUUCAUGGAUCGUGGUUUCGUUUUUCGUUUGAUCAAUUCAUACGUGGAUAAAUUUUCUCCUGGAGAUCCACGCACUCUACAUGAUUUUAAAUUUACGUUUCUUCAAAUCAUUUGUUCUCACGAACAUUAUAUAUCUUUUAAUUUACCAAUGAUGCAGUCUCGUAUUUCACCUAGAGAAAAUACUGAGAAAGAGCCAGAAUGUAAUGGUAUGUUAAGACAAUAUUCAUGUACUCCCAUCUUUAUUGUGGUUUCUUAUUGUAGCCAUAAUUUGAUGAAUGAAUACUGUUUAUCAGAGGAUUUUUGUAAGCAUCAUUUUUUGGUUGGCUUAUUACUCCAAGAAAUCAAAAUAUCUCUUAAUGAAAUCAUGCAAAUUCGAAAAGUUGCCAUAACUACUUUAAGAGAUCUCUUAGCUAAGCACGAACUGGAUGAUAGAUACCAAAAUAAGGGACAAUUGAGUAGGAUAGCAUCCAUUUAUAUACCAUGGUUAGAGAUAGUAUUGGAAAAUUUGAUGCGUUUACAAUCUGUACAUGACAGUUCUAAAAUAGAAAAUAAACACAAUGAUAUAAAUCGAAUAUCAACUAGCAGUUCCUUUUUGGCAACUAAAGAUAUUGCUAAUAGUACUAUAACAGCAGGCACUCCCAAGUCCAUUCACAGACUUACAUUAAAUUUGGAUACGCAAUCUCCAAUCAGAGCAUCUAUUCAUCUACGAGAUUCUACAUAUUUUGCUGCUAUCGCUGGACAAGGUUUGGUGAAUGGCUAUUCUUGUACCAGUAUAGAAUCAGAUACAUCAACGAUGUCAGGUGCCUCGCAAUCAAAUAUAUCGCAAGAAACAGCAAUUAUUCGCGAAUCUGUAGAAAAUGGUAUAAGUGAUAAAAAAAGGCAUUCUCGUUCUUUGAGCGUUACACAGGCUUCACCUAGAUGUGAUAAAUUACAAUCCUCUGAAGUUAAGGAUAUAUUGCUUUGUUUUUUAUUUGUCAUCAAAUAUUUAGGCGAUCAUCAAGUUAUUGCAUGGUGGCAACAAUGCAGUGAUUCCGAGAUAUUGAGUUUUUUUACAGUAAUUGAGAUAAGUCUUCAUCAUUUUAAAUAUGUUGGUAAAAGACAAAUAGCUGCAAAUAUAAUAAAUAAUUCUGGAAAACCGCGUACAGUAAAAGCAAUGACAUUGCCAGCUAGAAUGGCACCACCAGAUUUCACUACUGAAAGUCCAACUACUGGUACACUGCAACCACAUAAUACUGUUACUAGAGAGAAUCUUAUUGAAAGUGACAGUGGUAAAAUGUAUCAGGCUUUACUAGAGGCAAAUAUGGCUACAGAAGUUGGUCUUAUAGCACUUGACUGCCUAGGCCUCUUUUGUAUUCAUUUUAAGGAUGCACUUUUAGCAGAUGAUGGAGAAAAUCCAAUAAUGCAAAAACUCUUCAAUAUCUAUUUAUCCUUUCUUCAAGUCGGUCAAUCGGAGACAUUGCUACGUCACGUGUUUGCUGGACUUCGGGCAUUUUUAAAUAAUUAUUCUAUUGCUUUGUUUCAAGGAAAUGCGGCACUUUGUGGGCGAUUAUGUUAUGAAUUAUUGAGAUGUUGUAAUAGUAAACUUAGUUCUAUUAGACAAGAAUCAUGUGCUUUACUAUAUCUGCUUAUGAGAAGUAAUUUUGAAUUUACUAGUAGAAAAGGAUUAACAAGAGUGCAUUUACAGGUAAUAAUCUCAGUUUCACAAAUGCUUGGAAAUGUGAUUGGUUUGAAUAAUUCAAGAUUUCAAGAAUCAUUGUCAUUGAUAAAUAGUUAUGCUUCUUCCGAUAAAGUGAUGAAAGGUACUGGUUUUCCAGUUGAAGUUAAAGAUUUGAAUAAAAGAAUUCGAACAGUUUUAAUGGCAACAGCACAAAUGAGGGAACAUAACAAUGAUCCUGAGAUGCUUGUUGAUUUACAACAUAGUUUGGCCAAUUCUUAUGCCAGUACACCCGAAUUGAGACAUACUUGGUUGGAAACUAUGGCUAGAAAUCAUGCGAGAGAUGGAAAUUAUUCCGAGGCGGCUUGUUGCCAAUUACAUAUUGCAGCUUUAAUGGCAGAAUAUUUGAAAUUGAAGAAAGUUCAUACAUGGGGAGCAGAGGCUUUUGACAGUAUUUCCGUGAACAUUUCUAGAGACGAGCGUAGUCUUAAGCUCGAUGCUGGUGAGAUUUGCGUUCAAGAUAUUCAUUACACAGAAUAUUUAUUGCUCGAGCAAUUGGAACUUUGUGCUGAAAUGUUAGAAAAAGCAGAACGUUUUGAAUUACUCGGACAUUUGUAUCGCUUAAUAGUUCCUAUGUACGAAGAGAAAAGAAAUUAUGAGGCUUUAGCAAAUUGUUAUACACAUUUAGCACAAGCUUGCAAUAAAAUUGUCGAAGUCACCAAAUCCGGUAAACGGCUUCUUGGGAGAUUUUAUAGAAUUGCAUUUUUUGGAUCUGCAUAUUUCGAAGAAGAAAAUGGCCAAGAGUAUAUAUAUAAAGAACCUAAAGUGACGUCAUUGUCAGAAAUUUCAGAACGUCUUCAUCAUUUAUAUUCAGAGAAAUUUGGUUUAGAAAAUGUCAAAAUGAUAAUGGAUUCCGUACCCGUCAAUGUCGCUGAAUUAGAUUCAAAAAUAGCAUAUAUUCAAGUGACGCACGUAACUCCGUACUUCGAUAAAAUAGAAUUAGAUACUCGUCAAACGGAAUUUGAACAAAAUCACAACGUAUCUUGUUUCAUGUUCGAAACUCCAUUUACGAAAGAUGGCCGGGUAAGGGCAAAUCCUGAAGAUCAGUGGAAAAGAAGAACUAUUUUAACAACACAAUAUUCCUUUCCGUACAUAAAAAAACGUAUAGUAGUGAUUGAAAAGAGGAUAAUGGAACUUAGUCCCAUCGAAGUGGCUUUAGACGAAAUGAGACAACGCGUUCAAGAAUUAGAGGAUGUGGCUUUGAUAGCUCCAACUGAUGUAAAAAAACUUCAAUUACGGUUGCAAGGAAGCAUUUGUGUGACAGUAAAUGCUGGUCCACUUGCUUAUGCCUCUGCAUUCUUAGAUCCAGCACUUUCUCCGCAAUAUCCUGAUGACAAAGUCGAAGAGUUAAAGGAUGUUUUUAGGGAAUUUGUAAAAAUAUGUUAUACAGCUUUGCAGAUCAACAGUAAAUUAAUUACUCCCGAUCAGCACGAGUAUCAGGAAGUAUUACGCGAAAAUUAUCAAAAGCUUUGCCAAAGCUUGUCGUCGUUAUUGGGUGAACCUAUAUGGUCAGACGAACAAGUUGGAAGCUUUAAACGUAACAGCGCGGCUCUCUUUAGUGUCAUUAGUGGUGCUAAUAGUCACACGAGCACAGCCUGAGCCAUCAGAUUGAUGUCUUAUGUCUCUCGAAGUCCGUUGUGUAAUCGGAAUAAAAUUAUGAAGUAUCUAUAUAAAAUAAUAUUAUAUAUAUUUAAUAUGAAAAAAUAUAUCAUAUUAAAUAUAAUACAAUAAGUAAAUUUUUCAAAUUCACAUAGUUUCAUUAUGCUCAAAGUAUACAUAUAUACGUGCGCGCGCGUCACGAUUCACGUAUCAUGCACGUAUCACGAUUUAUUAAUGAUUAACUUGGCCACUUUUUAUACCGCAGAGAUUCUUUCUUUUCCAUUUUUACAUUAGAAAGAUAUGUUUAAACAACAAUAUACGAAGAAACGCAUACCAAUAUCGCAAUAAAACGGUAAAAUUAGUGUUAUUAUUCUGACGAGAUUUAAGGCUGACUAUGAUAAGUUAUAUCAGCUCAUUUGAAAAAAAAAGAAGUGGCUAUAUUUAAAUAUUUUAUUUGUAUUCUUAACAUUUAGAUUAGCGUAUUCUUUAAAUACAUAAAACGCAAUCUUUAUCUUAUUAAUGUGUCAUUAUCGUACAAUUGUUCAAUUAAUAACUAUUAUACCAAUGCACUCACUGCCACUUUUUUAAUAUACGUAAUAUUUGUGCAUAACGAUUUAACUAAGUGUCAAUUGUAAAUUCACUUUAAGUAUAAGGAGAAUAGAUCAAUUUUUAUUAUCCAUUUUCUAUUAGUAUGUACUUCCCAAGUGCAAAGUCUAACUUUAUAUAUUGUAAUAUGUAGUACGUAUAUACGGUGCGUGCGUGCGUGCGUGUGUGUGUAUGUACAUACAUACACAGAUACGGUCGUACGUACGUACGUACGUACAUGUACAUAUACAUAUAUAGACAUACAUAUGUGUGCGUAUAUAUAUGUAUAAGAACUUUUAUUUAUUAAGACUAAAAUAAGACAUCUCACACAUUGUUAGAUACGAGUAUAUAUAAAUAACGAUGGCAAACUAAACCGUGAAAUACGCUGCAAAACAUUUAUUAAUUCAUUGUGCAAAAAUUUAUGAUUUAUAUGUUCGUACUUCUCGAACGUACAAAUUGGUUCGUACAUGUAUAAUUUAUUUCGUAUGCAUGCAUAGUGUAUAAAUGAGAUCUUUAAUAUAAUAAGUUUACGCUCUUAUUGAUAACGGAAAAUAAUUAAAAUAGAAGGAUAUAUCUAAUGUUCAUUAAAAUCCCAUAAGAGAAUCGUUCGUUUAUCUUUCUUCUUUUUUUUUCUUUUUUUUUAAUUAAAAAUUUCUUAAUUUUGAUUUGCCCAUAAAAAUGAGUUUUCUUACUUGUUAGACAUAUCCUCGUAACACAAAAUAUAUCUACUUAUUUAAGAUGUACUUAUUACGAGUACUAUCUCUUAGUUGUGAAACAUGUUUUUUUCACAAAUUAUUUUGAUCCUGUAAAAAGUUGUUUAUGUGUUUAUCAUAUGAUAUAUUUUUAAUAGAUUACAUUAUUUUUUGUUAUUGUACUAUCAUCAUUAUUUUUUUUUUUUUUUUAAUUUUUGUAUAUAGUUGUCGUAUAAAAAAGAGAAAUCUUAAUCUUUUAUUUGUCUCAGCAAAUAUAUAUAAAUAUUAAUUUUUGGAGACUUGCUCCAAAUUCUGUGAUUUUUAAAGAUAUUUUCAAAACUUUGUUAAUAUUAGGGAUUAAAGUAUCUGUGAAUAUAAAUUUGUAAAAGAAUUGUUGGACACGGUUAUAUCUCAAAUUUGUGUUAAUACAGUUUAAAUGUUUAAAGAAAAGAAGUAAGAUAGAUAAUACCAUUGUAUAACGGAAUUUUGAAGUUUAUUUCAAUGAUACAUAAAGAUUCUUUUACAAAUAAUAUUUAAUAUACAUAUCUUAUUUUACACCAAUAGAUUAGAUUAAAGAUAAAAAAGUUUUAUAUAACACGCUUCAGAUGUUUUAGAACAAGAUUAACAAGAAUUUUUUUUACAGAGUUGUCAAUAGUCUUCGAACUGAAUAUUAUUGUUCGUAAUUUUAAUUUUAUAUUAUAUCCACAUUUUUGCCAUUAUAUAUAAUUCGUUCGAUAUUAACUCUUCUCCCAUCAAAGUCUGAGAUUACUUUUCGGCAAGGCACUUUUACCCUGUUACGAUCGUAUGCCUGCAUAUUCCUGCUAAGAGCGCGCGUCCGUCGCUUAGCAAGGGAAUUCUAUAGAGCUUAUCUCAUUGUGCUGCACCCGCACACUCCGUUCUCUCUCCCAUACACUGUGCAUAUAAAAAUAAACAAUUGAUCCGUCGUAAGGUUAACUUUUCCAGGCAAUAAGAUCGGCAUUGUGCGAGCAAAUAUAAUUUCGAUCAAUGGGAUAGUAGUGCUUACAACUAUUAGGAUGGGAAAGAAUUAAUAGCUUUUACAUUGUCGUUGCGAUGUGAUGUGCAAAUGUACAAAUUGUUCUUUUAUUAGAAUCGUCAAUGUAAAACGAAAUGUUUCAUCAUAUCAUGCAUACUAUACAUCUUUGCUGUAUGAAAGUUCGAAAUGCUGUCCAGUAUUGACAUCGACAAUUCUUAUAAAAAUAUGUUUAUAAUGACUGAAACAUCAAUCUGUUAUUAAAUGCAAUAUCACGCAAAUGAAUAAUAAAACGGCUAGCUUAAAGAUUAAAAAUA